ACAAGCCAGCAGCCUAGGCCAGCCCACAGUUCUACAGCUCCCUGGUUCUCUCACUGGCUCUGGGCUUCAUGGCGCUCUGGGUGACUGCAGUCCUGGCUCUCGCUUGCCUUGGUGGUCUCGCCACCCCAGGGCCAGUGCCGAGAUCCGUGUCUCUCCCUCUGGCCCUUAAGGAGCUCAUUGAGGAGCUGAGCAACAUCACACAAGACCAGGCUCCCCUGUGCAACGGCAGCAUGGUAUGGAGUGUGGACCUGGCAGCUGGCGGGUUCUGUGUAGCCCUGGAUUCCCUGACCAACAUCUCCAAUUGCAAUGCCAUCUACAGGACCCAGAGGAUAUUGCAUGGCCUCUGUAACCGCAAGGCCCCCACUACGGUCCCCAGCCUCCCUGAUACCAAGAUCGAAGUAGCCCACUUUAUAACAAAACUGCUCAGCUACACAAAGCAACUGUUUCGCCACGGCCCCUUCUAAUGAGGAGAGACAGGCCCUGGGCACCUCAGCUGUGGACUCAUUUUCCUUUCUCACAUCAGACAUUGCUCGGGGAGAGGCAGGGAGGAGGGCUGGGGAGGAAGGGAGGUGCCUAAGCUUUGACCUCAGCCUGCACUGCCUGCCUAGUGCUGGGGGGGGGGGUGUCUCAGCCCGGCAACACCCCCCCUCCCCGCCCCAUCCUUAUAGCAAACUGCAGCAAGACCGUGAGUCCAGCCUGUGGCCUGGUCCACACAGGGCAACUGAGGCAGGCAGCAGCUUGAGCAUGUUUCUUCUUGAUCUUAUUUAUUAUGGUUGUGUGUUAUUUAAAUGAGUCUGUCAGUAUCCGGGUGGGGACAUGGCUUGCUGCCUGUGCCCUGGGGGCUCCAGCAUUGAAGCAGUGGGCUCUGGGGUCCCUGGCAAUAUUACUGUAUACACAAUUCUGCUACCUCACUGCAGCCUCCAGGUCUCACCCCAGGCAGGAGACAGGAGGGACGGCCAGAGCAAUACUCCUGUCUGCCACGGCAGCAACCAGCCCUCAGCCAUGAAGUAACUUAUUGUUUUGUCCUUAUAUUUAAAGUAUUAAGUAGUUUAGCAAAGAGUUAAUAAUAUAUGGAAGAAUGGCCUGUUACACUCACCGUGGUGUGUAGGGAAUGGGGGGAGGGAGGGUGGUAGGUUUGUCACUGAACAAGUUUUUCAUUGACUGUCAAACUAGAAACCGGAAAUAAAGAUGGUGACAGAUA